AUCUUACCAACUCCUUCAACACACGCGCACACACACACCUAACCUCUCUCUUCCUCUAUAAAUCCCCAACCAUCACCACCUUAACCUCCAACACCCACACCACCAUUCUUCUCUAUCAUACGCCCCCCCGCAUUGCCUCUAACCUACGCAGAUGGAUCUUCUCCUCCUAGAGAAGACCCUCUUAGGCCUCUUCGCCGCCGUCAUCGUCGCCAUCACCAUUUCCAAACUCCGCGGUAAACGGUUCAAACUUCCGCCCGGACCCAUACCCGUACCCGUAUUCGGCAACUGGCUCCAAGUCGGCGAUGACCUGAACCACCGCAACCUCACCGACCUGGCCAAGAAGUUCGGCGAAAUACUCCUCCUCCGAAUGGGUCAGCGAAACCUGGUGGUGGUCUCGUCCCCUGACCUCGCCAAGGACGUGCUCCACACCCAGGGGGUCGAGUUCGGGUCCCGAACCCGGAACGUCGUGUUCGACAUCUUCACGGGUAAGGGUCAGGAUAUGGUGUUCACUGUCUACGGUGAGCACUGGAGGAAGAUGAGGCGGAUCAUGACCGUCCCUUUCUUCACCAACAAGGUGGUCCAGCAGUACCGGUUCGGGUGGGAGGACGAGGCGGCGCGUGUGGUGCACGACGUGAGGAAGAACCCCGAGGCGGCGACGGCGGGGAUUGUCCUGCGGAGGCGGUUGCAGCUGAUGAUGUACAAUAACAUGUACAGGAUUAUGUUUGAUAGGAGGUUUGAGAGUGAGGAUGACCCUUUGUUUAUGAAGCUGAAGGCGUUGAAUGGAGAGAGAAGUAGGUUGGCUCAGAGCUUCGAGUACAAUUAUGGCGAUUUUAUUCCUAUUUUGAGACCUUUCUUGAGAGGCUACUUGAAGAUCUGUAAGGAAGUGAAGGAGAGAAGACUGCAGCUCUUUAAGGAUUCUUUUGUUGAAGAAAGGAAGAAGCUAUCGGGUACCACCAAAGUUAUGGACAACAAUGAGCUGAAAUGUGCUAUAGAUCAUAUUCUGGAUGCACAGCAGAAGGGAGAAAUUAAUGAGGAUAACGUUCUUUACAUUGUUGAGAACAUCAAUGUUGCUGCAAUAGAAACAACACUAUGGUCCAUAGAAUGGGGCAUUGCUGAACUUGUAAACCACCCUGACAUCCAGAAGAAGCUGAGGCAUGAACUCGACACCGUGCUAGGGCCGGGAGUCCAAGUCACCGAGCCUGAAAUCCCAAAGUUGCCCUACCUCCAAGCUGUGGUCAAAGAAACCCUUCGCCUGCGAAUGGCAAUCCCUCUUUUGGUCCCGCACAUGAACCUCCAGGACGCGAAGCUUGGAGGGUUUGACAUCCCCGCAGAGAGCAAGAUCUUGGUCAAUGCAUGGUGGCUCGCCAACAACCCGGCUCACUGGAGCAAACCGGAGGAGUUCAGACCGGAGAGGUUCUUGGAAGAGGAGUCUAAGGUGGAGGCCAAUGGCAAUGACUUCAGGUACCUUCCGUUUGGUGUUGGGAGAAGAAGCUGCCCCGGAAUCAUCCUCGCCCUGCCUAUCCUUGGCAUCACCUUGGGACGUUUGGUACAGAAUUUCGAGCUCUUGCCUCCUCCAGGACAAUCGAAGGUUGAUACUGCUGAGAAGGGUGGGCAGUUCAGCUUGCACAUUUUGAAGCACUCAACAAUUGUUGCAAAACCCAGAUCGUUUUGAAUUUGAUUUGUGUUACAUUUUGAGUUUAGAAAAAGUGGGAUUGGGAAGAAAAAUUGUGAUUGUAAAUUUUAUGACUUUCCAAAGGAUGAUUUACAAAUUUGUAAUAAGGGAUUCUGUUUAUUCGUUUGUUUGAUCUAAAAGAACUAAUAGGUGAGUUUGUGCACCAGUUCCCAUUUAUAA